ACUCGCUCACUUCGUUAUUUACCCAGCUGACACAGCUUGAGACUACGUGUGAUAUCUCCCUGUACGGAUGCUCGUCGUCAGCUCACCUUAGUUAUCAUGAUCACGUCGGCCACGUUACUAUUGUUAUUUUUACGAUGUGUGCUUGCGUACUUCAAUUUGGAGGAACUUAGGAGUUUCAAUUAUGAAGUUGACAUCGUGAGCACACCUGUGAAAAUCAGCGAUGAUGUUGGAGCAUCGGUAAUACUUAUGAUGACGAAGUUUGGACAAGAGUAUCAGUGUUCCCUACCCGAGAGUUCCUACCCGACGGAACAUACAGAGUCUGAUGAUGCUGAAGAUGAGGCCCCGAACGUCUUAAGGUUACUGGAGCCACUAAGAAAUGCACCUUGUUUGACUAAGACACGAAACUGGUGGACAUAUGAACUCUGCUAUGGAAAGUCAAUCAAGCAAUUUCAUGUAGAAAAUGGCAAACCAGAAGGCGCAAUCAUAUUCCUCGGUCUCUUUGACUACGAUUUUGACUGGAACAAUGAAACAAACCUGGAGCAGUUCAACAAAACAGGCCAACAAAAGUACCACAGCCAGGUCUACAGCCAUGGUUCCAAAUGCGACAUUACCGGUGUCCCGAGGAGAGCAGAAGUCAGAUAUUUCUGUGAUGAAGACUCCACUGAUUACAUUGAAAGCGUGGAAGAGCCAGAGACUUGCAGCUAUGUCUUCACGGUGCACACUUCGAGGGUGUGCGCGUUUCCACCGCUGAAGCGGAUAUCUCCAUCCAAGCCCCACACCAUCUCUUGCAGUCCCAGGCUGACGGAAAAGCAGUACCAAAAGUACCUGGAAGUCAAGGAAAAUGAGAAGAAAUUAGAGGAAGAGAAGAGAAAAUUGUGGCUGCUGGAGCAGCAGAAAAACCUGGAAGCCAUCAAAUCUUUUGUGAAGAAGGAACCCAGCAACGGCAUUACCAACUUGGAGAAACCUGUAGUGGACAUUGAAGAGGCACAACCGGAGGUGCCAGCCGAGACGCAGAAUGACGAAGCACCAGUUCUGGAAAAUACACGAAACGACGUGGCGAAGCAGUUCAAAGAAGUGUUCAGCAAGAAGGGAGAGGGCGACCUUCGUGAUGAGGCCACUGCCCAGUUCAAGGAUGACAGUCAGGCGGACAUGAAUGCAGCCCUCGAGAGACUGAUGAAACGUCUAAAACAGAUGGAGGCUGAUGCUGAGGAUGAUGCGGAAGGGAGUGCAGGAAUCGCCUCUCAGCAGCAUGUUGCUGAGGAACAGCAAGGCAGUGAACAUCUCGUAGAACCAGAGAAUGCUUCCCAGGAUGUGACAGGCGGUGACGAGGUUGUGGAGAAUGAAUACGACGGGGAGGAUACCGGUCACUUGGCCAGCAGAGAUGGGCAUCAAGACGUUGGCGAAGAAGGUGACUAUGAAGACAACUCCGGAUACCCUGGUGAGGAUGGCCAAGUGGACUCUGAUGCAAGUAAACAGGGGGAAGAUAAGGACCUCGAGAGCCAAACAGGGGCGGAAGUGGAGCCGGAGGAAGUGGGCAGCCUGCGAGUUCGUAUUCGUCGGUACGGCCAACGCAAGUCAAAGGAGCCUGGCAAGAAGGCUCCCACUUACCAGGAGUUGGAUUUGCCAUCUGAGGACAAGUCAAAGUUGGAGACUGCACUGCGAGACAGGCUACAGAAAGCUGGUGUUACUGCAGGAGGAAGAAAAAUUGAAGUUAAAAUCAUCACCGCUGGUUAUUACGAUGAUGAGGAAGCCAAAGGCGUGAACGUUCUUUCUCCAGAAGAGACGCGCCAGUUUCAGAACAUGAUAGUGACCCUCCUGAUGGGAAACCAAGAGGCUGUCCAGGAGAUCGAAAAGCACCAGAGGCUAGAGAAGAACUACAAUUUUGUGUGGAACAACGAAGAGACCAAUACGGACACGCCAGCUUCAGUUCCGGAAGACGAGGAAGAGAGAUAGCCACCACACGCUCACAAGACAUUGCAAAACUAGUCAUCACCGCUGUCCGGAAUCUCUACACGAACUUUCAUCACUUUAGAAGGUGUGAACGGAAGGCGGAAGUGGGUGGGAAGGGAAAUGUGCAUUGUGGCUGUAAUUUUAAGUACUCACGAAGGGCACCUUAUCACCUGUUCACAUGCAGCAGGUAUUGGUCUCGGCUCAUUCGCUGAAGUUGUGAACACACCUUUUGUAUAUGUUUUCACUGCAUUGUUACUGAAAAUAAAAGUGAAAUAGUAUGCGGAA